GGUGUUCUAAAGGUUGGAUGUGUCUUCCGCUAAGAGAAAACUCUGCCGAAAUUUCGUGGACGCCGACACUUGUAAAAAUAUCGAGGGAGCUGAGUGUGGACAGCAAGGGGGAGCUGAAAUUCAUCAUUUCUCAAGGAGAAGAUGAAUGAGAGAGGAGGAGAUGCUAAUGGAAGAGGAGCUGUACCUGAGAAGACAAAAGAGCAAGGCCGAAGUGACCUUUGGACCAACCAGCUGUCGUGCUAAGCUUGGGAAGAAGGUGCUGUGGAGUCUGGAAGAGGAGACCAGCUGCAUCAAGGACGUGUGGCAGCUGCCCAUCAUCCCUUGGAAUGGGAAGACUCCAACAGCAGCAACGGCAGCAGCGGCAAAGGCAACAGCAGGAGGAGAUGCAACUGCACCAACUGAUGGGGAGAAAAGGGGGAAGUUGGAGGCUUCUGGAAGAUGGGGUGUGCACUUGGGGAUUGCAAAGGAGCACAAGGGCGCAGAGCAGAUGCUGGAGAUGCAGUUCAAGUGUUCCAAGAUGGGUGAGGUGAAGUACUACUUGGGGAUGCAUGUGGAGAGAGAUGUGGAGAAAGGUGUGCUGAGGUUGCACCAAAGGAAGUACUGUGAGGGGCUGGCUGAGAAGUAUGGGCUGCAAGAUGGGGGAAAGCCAGCAACACCACUGCCUUCGGGGUUUACUGUGGAGCCAUGUGCUGAUGAGGAGGUAGUGGUGGGAUUGGAGUACAGUGGAGUGAGGCAGCGGUUGCAGAGAGGUGCUACAGAUGUGAAGAGUGAUAAGGAGGUGCGGCUGGAGAUAGUGAAGACCCAUCAGCAGGCAGCAGAUAUUUUCACUAAGCGUUUGGCGGAGGCGGAUCAUUGGAAGGGCAUGAAGCUUGCUGGGAUGAGUGUGCAUUGAGUAUGCAUGCUUGAGAUAUGGUAUGGUGGAUGAUGGUUGGCAGCCAGAGGGGGAGAUUGUUGUGUGAUGUCAUCAUAUGCUAUCACAUCCUGUC